AGACAUCAGGCAAACAUGUAGACUGUCCUGUGGGGAUUAGACCUAAUCAGAGUGUUUUCUGUGCAGUCUUGGGGGGAGAGUUUCUGAAGUAUAUGGACGCCUUCAAACCCUUCCUGGGCAUUGGACUGAAGAACUAUGCAGAGUACCAGGUUUGUCUGGCUGCAGUAGGCCUAGUUGGAGACUUAUGCAGAGCCCUGCAGUCCAACAUCUUGCCUUUCUGCGACGAGGUUAUGCAGCUGCUCUUGGAGAACUUGGGGAAUGAGAAUGUCCAUAGGUCUGUGAAGCCUCAGAUUCUCUCUGUGUUUGGCGAUAUUGCCCUGGCCAUCGGAGGAGAGUUUAAAAAAUAUCUAGAGGUUGUAUUGAAUACUCUCCAGCAGGCCUCGCAAGCCCAGGUUGAUAAGUCUGACUAUGACAUGGUGGACUACCUGAAUGAGCUGAGGGAGGGCUGUCUGGAAGCUUACACUGGCAUCAUUCAGGGACUGAAGGGAGACCAAGAAAAUGUGCAUCCGGAUGUGAUGCUGGUGCAGCCAAGAGUAGAAUUUAUUCUGUCUUUCAUCGACCACAUUGCUGGAGAUGAGGAUCACACAGAUGGAGUAGUAGCUUGUGCUGCUGGGCUGAUAGGGGAUUUGUGUACAGCAUUUGGAAAGGAUGUACUGAAAUUAGUAGAAGCUAGACCCAUGAUACAUGAACUUCUAACUGAAGGAAGAAGAUCCAAGACAAACAAAACAAAAACCCUUGCUACCUGGGCAACUAAAGAACUGAGAAAACUGAAGAAUCAAGCUUGAUCUGUUACCAUUGGGAUGACACCCAAGACCCCCACUGGAAAUCUCCACUCUUUUGAAAAAACCCGGAAGUGAGGAGUGUGCACGGAUGCUGAAUGUUUGGGAAUGAGAGGAUGAGUGAGUGAGGCUUGAAACACACCACAUUGAAAAUCCCGCCACAGCAACAACAGCAGCAGCGCUGUUAGUGAGCUGAGCACUGACUUGCGUAGAAAACCUGACAUCGGCCGUCUUCAGGAAGAGGGAACGACUGGGUUCUAUCAAAAAUAAGCAGUCUCUUCUUCCGACAGAGACUAGAACUAGCUUUUCUGUCUUUUGGCCAGUGCGAAGCGGAAUGAUUAGUUUGGGGGAGAGGAAACUAGGUUCACCUGUGGUGCUCUUUGUUUGAGGUCUGGCUUUUGCUGCUGAAGAGAGAUGGAGUCUGGGUCUCUGGCCCGCCUUCUGUAACCUUUGCCACACAAUGCUGUCAGUGCAUGGGAUAAAAGGAGGGGUGAAGGAUUUUCAGUCUAAGAGUGAGUGUGUGUGAAUGAGGCGGUAUCCACAUUCUCAACUUCAAGUCAUUGCAGUUUAUCUUUUCCCAAAAAAGGGUUAGCAGUUGCAUUUCAUAAACUAACCGAAGUUCAGUCUACUGAUGCAGCAUAAGAGAUGUAAAAAGAAAAGAGGAAAAAAAGGAAAGUCGCUCUUUAGGGCUUUUUAUUUUAGGGAAACACUGACGAAUGUUCAGAGCUCCCGUUCUGAGUGACGCUUUUCAUGAUCUUGUUUCAUCAAAGCGCCUUUCCUUCCUUAAUAUUGUUCAACUGUGAAUGUAGAAAUGGGGGAGGGGGGGGAAACUCUUGCGUUAGAGGGAUUAGAAACAAACUGUCAAACAAGAUUUCAGACCUAAACAAAAAAAAACCAUAAAUGUAAGUGCUCAGAAUUGGCAAUGAGAAUGCAAAGGGAAAGAUCUCUCCUGACUUGUACUGUAGCAGCCCGAACACCCACUAAAUUGUGCCAAAGAGUUUAAAAACAAUAAAGUAAAACUUCAGGUAAUAUUUUGGAUUGCAAAAUGAGGAUAAAUUCAAUGUUCAAACAAAAUCUGAUAAAAUGCCAUUUGGAAACUGCUUGGCCUUUUGUGCUCUUUUAUUUGAUCGAAUUUAAUGUGGUAUUGGUCUCUUGCUGCACUUCAAAACAAAAAAGGAAAAAAAGAGAAAUUUAUAUAAAUAUAUAUACUGGCUUGAGCUUACACAAGACGGCACUUGUAAAAGGUUCUAUUUUUCCACUGCAGUUGAAGAUUAAUAAAAUGGUGUCAAACAUUCCCCAGUACUUUCUUUUUGUAUUCUUGGUCUUUCCAAUUAAAAGGGGAACCCAUUAACUUUUUUUUAAGUGUACUAAAAGUCUGAUGGGCAACUUUGGGACAGAUUGGCUGUUUGCCGCUCCCCUUAGCAUACUGCUUUUUUUAAUUCUCUAACAUGAAACAUGUGAAGGAUCAAAAUAUCUUCUCUUUUUAAAUCAAUUUUUUGUUCUUUGAGGCAUAGUCCCUCAAUUAUUCUGGAUUUUAUCAGCAAUAAGACAUGAAAAAUAGAGAAGGUGUGGGGUUUGAAACAAUUUUUAAUGUCAUCUUUAUUAUGCAGUUAUUGAUAUUACCAGCAUUUCUGAAUUUGCAGCUUAACUUGGGCAUUUUUAAAGCUGUUUGCCUGUGGGAGGGAGAAGGGAAAACCUUCAUCUAUAAUUUUGCAAGAAGCAGGUAAAAAUCUGUUUUAUCCCCUUCCUUCUCUCCCCAACUGAUCCUGGGAUCCAUGAUAAUGGAAUCCACUUCUGUUGCCCAUCCGCACUGCAGCAUCCACAAUAGCUCUUGUACAGGGUAUCGGAUAUGUGCCUUUCAGUGCCGGGUUCAGAAUGCAGUCAAAGUGCUGACCUUUGAACCAGUGUACAAAAAAAAAAUCCCAGGUGUUUAGAGGAGAGGCCAGCUCUGUUUUGUGAAUUGGGAGAGUUGACCACCUCAAAAACAUUGGUUAGGGAGAGGCCUGGGUCACAUUUCUAUUAAUGCCUUUUCUUUUUGUUUUGUUUCUUGAUGUAGGUUGGGGUUUCCUAAAAAAGCCAUUCCUGAAGUUGGGGAGGGGAACGUGGAGGGGAGAAAUCUGAUCAUUCCUCAGUGCUACCUGUUUCUGUCCUGUGUGGCUGUUCAGCUGUAGACAGCAGGAGAAUAAAGUACACUGAGACAGUAGUAGAAACAAAUCUUGUCUGUCAUGUUUUUGUUCCAGGGAAAGCAGUUCUUGAAACUGUUCAAACUAAUCCUUAACAACUUUCACACAAGCAACACCAUCCCACAGUGUGGUAGUGAGGAAAAACUGGUCUGUCACCUCCAGUGUUGGUGCUAGGCCUGCAACUGUUAUCCUUUAAUCCUGUAACCACUGUGGUUUGGAGAGAGGGACAAAUAUAUAAAUAUAAAAAAAAAAUCUUAAAAGCCAGUUUCACUGCCUGGCAGACUUAAUUAAUGGGAUAAAUCCUUGACUUUUUUUAAAUGUGCGAUUUCAGCACCCGGAUCAAAAUGUGCUUGUUUCAGCAAAGCAUUUUGGUAGCAUUUUGUUAGCUCCCAGCCUGGGCUUUGCACCAGCUUUGCCCUGCCACAUGAGGUAAAGGUUAAUGUGUGAUUGGGAAAGGGAUACAGAGGCGAGGAAAUAUUGCUGUGCUGGAAGUGGCUUAAGAAGCUUUUGGUCUCAAGUAGCAGUUCAGUUCAUAUUGUGCUGUAGCAUUUCUGUAUGUUUCUUACGCUUUUCUUUUCCUGGUCAAAUGUCUUGCCAAAGGCAGCUAAUGCAGUUGAAUGGAGGGGAAAAAGUUCAUGUAAUCUUUCAAAGUGCCCACUUAAUGCAGUCCUAGUAUUUUACCUUUCAGAACCAAGCAACUUUAACUGUCUCAGUUCUGUCAAAUUAUUGUCAGCCAGACCUAAUGAGGUUGGUGCUUAUUUGGCUUCUGAGAAUACUUUUUUAUAUAUCUUUAAUCUGUAUUGACACUUACAUACUGUUACUGUGUCACCUAUGAAUUGGCAGUUGUGACCUGUUGACGAUGAUGGAUUGGAAAGGGUCCCUCUUACUAACAAAUUGGUACCACUGAUUUUAUUUACCUUCUAAAUAAAAGCUGCUUUAUUUUGGUUUUCAUUA